UAAUUCGGAGGAGACGGCUCCAUAUUCCCGGGGCCGCGGCGGCUGCGGCGGGGAUGGAGCGGGCGGCGCGGGCGGCGUAGCCAGCUCGUACGGGGGGGCCGCGGGCAGCGCCGCGCCCGCCCGCCGCCGCGGGGUGAGGGCUCCCCGGCCGCCCCCGCCCGGCCAGGCGCCCCGCCGCCAGCCGGCUCCCUGCUACCGGGGGCUGCUGGGGUUGUGUCCAAGGCCUCCCCCUCCCCCGCGUACACACUCACACACACACUCACACAUACACACACACUCACACACACACCCCAUCUUCUCCUGCCGCCGCCGCCGCCGCCGGAGAGAUCGGGGAUUGCCCGCGGCCCGGCCCCGCUCCCGGCUGCGCCCCGUGCCCGGGCGCAUCGCACCCCGUGGAGGCUCGCCCGGCUGCCCCCGAGGCGGCGUGUGCGGGGCGAGGGGUGUGGGAGGGCGGGGGGACACACGGCGGCUCCUGCGGCGGCUCCCGAUGGCUCGUCCGCGGCCCCGAGAAUACAAGGCUGGAGACCUGGUGUUCGCCAAAAUGAAGGGGUACCCGCACUGGCCGGCCCGGAUUGAUGAGCUCCCUGAAGGAGCUGUGAAGCCUCCAGCAAAUAAAUACCCCAUCUUCUUUUUUGGGACUCAUGAAACUGCGUUCCUGGGGCCCAAAGACCUUUUCCCAUAUAAAGAAUAUAAAGAUAAGUUUGGGAAGUCAAACAAGCGAAAAGGAUUUAAUGAAGGCCUGUGGGAAAUAGAAAACAACCCCGGAGUAAAGUUUACUGGAUAUCAGGCAAUUCAGCAACAGAGCUCAUCGGAAACUGAAGGAGAAGGAGGAAAUACAGCAGAUGCCAGCAGUGAGGAGGAAGGUGAUCGGGUAGAAGAGGAUGGAAAAGGAAAAAGAAAGAAUGAAAAAGCAGGCUCAAAACGGAAAAAAUCCUACACUUCAAAGAAAUCCUCCAAGCAGUCACGGAAAUCGCCUGGAGAUGAAGAUGAUAAGGACUGCAAAGAGGAAGAAAAUAAGAGCAGCUCUGAUGCUGGGGACGCAGGCAAUGACACAAGAAACACUUCUUCAGAUUUGCAGAAAACCAGUGAAGGGACUUAACCAACAUAAUGACUGCUGAAUAAGGGAAACACAAGAAGGUUCCAUGUUUGGUUGUCUAAUAUUCUUGGAUUUGAUAUGAGUCACCACAUCUGUUCAUUAGUAUCAUCAACAGCAUCCCAGUUUGUAUGCACAUUAUUCACAUUCCUAUCUGUUGUGUUUGCAGAAAUGACAUUUUACCCUUUUUUCUAAGGGUUACUUUUUUGAUUUUCAUAUUAUUUGGUUGCAUGAAGUUGCCCUUCACCAGUGGCUGAGGUUUAUGAAGAUAUCGCAUACUUGAACAUGUUGUCGAUCCUUUUCUCACAGAAAAGGCCUAACUCCAAAUUCUAUCAUUCUAAAACAGCAUUUUUUUAAAAACCAAGCAAAUGCUAGAAAUGAGUCCCCUCCAUACAAUACUACAGUAUCUGCCACGUACAGACAUGAUGUGAAAGUUCCCUAUAUCCAUGCUCCCUUGAUUUUUGAUCAGUUUACACCAUAAAAGAAAAAUUCUUCUUCAGUUGAGAUCACCGCCAAGUUCAAUAAUGUAAUAAAAUACCUUUCCUUAUUAGAAGUACCUAGCUAGUUAUGCUCUUAAUACUUCUCAAAAUCAUGAUGUAAUGUACACUAUCUGACUUAGUUCCUAUAUGUGGAGUUAGUGGAAGUCUUUUUGUGUUUCUUUAGAUUAAUACAAGGAUUUUUUCCAAUGCCAACACAAUUUGAAAUCAUUCGUUUGGAUGCUUUCCAUUUUUAAGCUUACUGUGAUACAGAACCCUAUGGGAAACCAAAAGAAAACAUCCAUUUGAAAUAGUGAAAGGCUUAAAAAAGGAUGCUGUCAUUCUGGCUUUUUAAGUUUGUUUUCCUUUUGGAAAUAGAACUAGACUAGUAAGUAAGCAUUCCAGAUCCAUUAUUCUGUGUACAUUAUUGUUGCUAUUGUGAUAAUAGAGAUUUUUAUUUAUUUUUAUGCCAGCUUUUAUUGUGAAAACAUAUUUAGUCUGGUUUUAUCAAUCCUUGUUAUGCUUGUCCUUGGAACAUCUUUUGCGUAUUCAAGGUUUGUAGUUGAUGAGUUUACUGUAAAAAAAAAAAAGAAAACAAAAAAAACCACAAAACCACAACAAAAAAACAAAAAAGAAAACAAAAAGGAAACAAAAAAAUGUAUUGUUUUUACAGAAUAAAUUUAUUGGAAUGUGUAUUGGGAGUAAGGUUUGAGGUUGUAAGCAACUAAGUUAGCGUCAUAUUUGGCUUCAUACGUGUAAUAAUGUGAGGUAUUAAUGUAAGUCAAGUAUUAAAGCAAAACAUUCUGUUAACAUGAGUUGACCAUAAUAGAUACAAGUGCAGGUGAGAUCUUUAUUUUUUUUUUUCUGUACUUUGCCUUUUCUGGAUAACAGGAGGUUAUUAAAUUCACCUUGAAUGUAUUCAAAGUUUCUUUGAAAACCCGAGGAGCAGCGGAGGCUCCCAGCCCUGUUUGGGAGCCAGCAGGUCCCCGCCUGCCCGGGGAGCAUGUCUGGGGAGGGAGCUAUCCCCAGCUCCCAUGGAUGUAGAGGCUGGGGCUGGAGGAGAGGGUUGCCAAGUUCCUUUUUGCCAAGAAGCAUUGACUGAGAUGUGUUGUGGUUAUUUUAGAGUUGCUCCUUGGGCUGGAAACACAAAUCCCUGGGUUCUCUCAUCUCAGUGUUCACCGGGAGAGGGUUAAAGCGGGAGCUUCCCGCUGCUCUGCACACGCCCUUGUGCAGGGUGCAACACGCAGAUACUUCCUCUUCCUCAUCAGGGUUCAAAAGAAAUUUUAAGCUCUCCAAAUCACCCAAAAGUCAACAUCCCAAAAUGAAGUGUUUCCAGUUGCAAUGUAUCAGCUAAUUUCAUCCCUGAGCAAGGCACUAAGUGCUGCAUUUAGUACAAAUAUACGUAGAUGGUGCAGAAGUGGCUGUCAUCGCAAACAGAGACAUCAACCACACAAACCACGGGCUGUGGUUGCUGCUCCUUAUGACCCAGCAGCGUUAGCAAAAGUGGCUGCAGGGAAGAACGUGGCCAAAAACCACCUCCACUCUGAAAGCACACCUGGGGGGCCAGGCCUGACUGCCAGGGCGACGAGCCCCAGUGGCAGCACAGAGGGGCUGCUGAGCACACGUGGAACUGCGGGCAGAGGCACAGCCCUUCCAGCAGCUUAUCCUUACAAGAAUUAAUAAAACUAUAUGAUUUGCUUGUCAUAUAA